AUGUAUACAUACGGAGUAGAAGGAGAUGAUACCUAUUUGCCACAACCGCAAUAUCCAUCACCAUAUGAAAAUCAGUAUGGACAAGAUGAUGAAUCACCAAGUCCUCGAGGGGAAAAUCAUACACCAUUUAUAGGAUAUUUUAGUUCUCAUUUAUUAAGGACGGGAUUUUUUCUUCAAUGUGUGUCUUUAGUAUUAAUGUUCAUAUUUUAUUGGGCCUUUGGUGGAACAGGGAUUUUUGUAUUUGAUUUAUAUGCAGGUCCCGAAUGUGUGAAAGUAUCAAGUGCAUUUCAUUUAACGAUUUCAAUUUUGAUGGCAAUGUAUUUAUUAGGAACAUUAUACAUAGCUAUGUUUCAAGUGUUUGUAGCAGAUAAUAGUAAAUGGUGCAGGGGGUUUAGAGCUGGUUCGAAAUUACUAUCCGCAGCUGUGACAUUAGAUCUUUUGUCAUCUAUUUUGAGAUUAGUACAAUAUUUAUAUGCAUAUUUUUAUAUGAGUAUGAGAUGGUGGGCACGAUAUCAACAGACAAAAUCGGAUUGGACAUUGCUACAUUUUGGAAGCAUUGUACACAGUUUUGCAUUAUUCAUAUAUGGAGCUGCAUUUUUUUAUAUGGAAGCUUAUCACGAUGAAGGAACAUACGAGGAACUCGCUUGGUCCAAUUUGACCUUGUUCAAGUUGGCUGGUUUGGCAGAACUGCUUAUGGUUUUUUCUGGAUUUGGAGCCUUUUUCUCUAUAUUGCUCUUGGGUGCAAUAAUGUGUGCAACCGUUUGGGCCUUUUCGUUUGAACCUCUACUAGAAAAAUGGUCACCCGAGUUGCAUAGCAGAGAUAUAAAUGCGGAUGUCUUACCCGAGAUAAAACAUGAUGAUGAAGAGGGAGGAUAUAACGAAGAGAAUGUUUAUGAACCGUACAAUGUAAAUCCAGAAAAUAUGGAAUAUGGAGAAGAGAUGGUUCCACAAAACAUGAAUGAGAAAUAUGCAAAUGAAAAUUCUUAUGAACGAAAUAUAUAUGCACAAAAUAACGGUAUGCCGACUACCUAUGAUUAUUCACAAAUUGAAGGUCAAGUAAAGCAGAAUGCUGAAAUGGGUGUAUCAGAAAAUUACACCAAAAAUGGCCAAUUCUGA